AAACUCAUCCACUCCUUACAAGAAGCUGCUUGUUUUCACCCCAAGUCCAUUGCCCCAAUGGCCAGCUUCCCUUAUGAAGAUUCAAACCCUAAUCUUAACCCUAACUCUAAUCUUAACCCUAACCCUAAUUACACUCAUUUUCCUCCGAUUCUGGAUCCCAGUUCUUUCUUCGACUUUGAGAUGUCCGAUUUCUUCGUGUUCGACGAUGACAACAAUAACGUCGACCAAGUUGCAUCGUCCUCCCCAAGCAUGACCUCUUCAGAGAAGAUCACUGAAGUCGACAGUGGUGGUAGUUCUGCUGUAAUCGAUAGCGGAUCUAGUUUAGUAGUUUCAUCGGGAGCAUCAACCUCUAUAAGAAGCAAAAAUGGAGAGAAGAAAAGGAAGGGGGAAAUGGGGUGUAGGGUUGCAUUCAGAACCAAAUCAGAACAAGAGAUUAUGGAUGAUGGCUACAAGUGGAGAAAGUAUGGGAAAAAAUCUGUGAAGAACAGUCCAAAUCCCAGGUCGGCAAAGAACCAUCAAUUGCUGCGGACAGCACCGACUACGACCAUAGUGGCCUUUGAAGUUGGCAGCUGCGUUUGUGCAAAAGAAAAAGAAAAGAGAGAGAAACCACGACCGACGAUGAUGGCUCGAUCUACCGCGACGGCCACCAGCAACCACGUGUCCAGGUGACGACAACGGAUAGCGCGGCGUUCCGAUGGAGGCGUUCGUGACAGUGAGGUAAAAAGAGGAGAUGAAGAAGAAGUUGAAGAUGAGGAUAAAAAAAUGGUGACAAUAAAAAAAUUGAGGAUACCGGCACGGCAACAACUAAGCUUGACUUCCAGUAAAGAAAGCAAAGGAAACACUAAAACAUGCGUUGAUAUCGAAGAAGAAGAAGAAAAAGAUUGAAAAAAAUAAGGGCGGUGAAAAAGAGCUCUGAAAAUCAUAGUGAAGCUCAUUUGAUUGUCUUCUCAAUUUAUAGAUGAAGAUUUCUUAUUGAGCAAGUCAAGAAAGUUGUGAUUUGGAAAAAAAUCUACAUUCCAUUUUAAUCUCAAAUCUUACUAAGAUUUUUUAAAAAAGAAAAAAGAAAAAAUAUGUUAGUUUCAAAUUUA